UUUACACAUUUCCCAUGCGAUUGCAUCAGCGUGUUUUUUUUCGUGUCGAAAUAAUAUUAAUAAAAAAAUUGUGAAAUUGUUGUGUACGUUUCAGCCAAGUAACCGGAACCGGUAGAAAUGCUUGAUUCGAUACCAGAUUCGGUGAAUUUUUUUGAAGCCGAAGAAAAAGUGUUUAAAUUCUGGAACGAUGUUGAUGCAUUUCGAACAUCGAUCAAACAAUCGGCUGCUGCAAAUCGACCGGCAUAUGUUUUUUAUGAUGGUCCACCAUUUGCUACUGGCCUGCCACAUUAUGGCCAUAUUUUAGCCGGCACCAUUAAAGAUAUUGUUUUAAGAUGGGCACAUAUGUCCGGUUAUCAUGUUGAACGAAGAUUUGGUUGGGAUACACAUGGUCUACCGAUUGAAUAUGAAAUUGAUAAAUCUUUGAAUAUUAAAGGUCCAGAUGAUGUAAUGAAAAUUGGCAUCAAAACUUAUAACGAUGAAUGUCGUAAAAUUAUUAUGCGUUAUGCUGAUGCUUGGGAAAAAAUUAUCACACGACUUGGUCGAUGGAUUGAUUUCGAAAAUGAUUAUAAAACAAUGUAUCCCGAAUUUAUGGAAUCAGUUUGGUGGGUUUUUAAACAAUUAUUCAACAAAGGUUUAGUGUACAAUGGUGUCAAAGUAAUGCCAUAUUCAAGUGCUUGUUCUACACCGUUAUCGAAUUUCGAAUCCGGUCAAAAUUAUAAAGAUGUUAUCGAUCCGGCUGUUGUUGUAUCAUUUCCAUUGAUCAAUGAUCCACAAGUAUCGUUAUUAGCAUGGACAACAACACCAUGGACAUUACCCAGUAAUAUGUUAUUAUGUGUUAAUCCUAAUCUGGAAUAUGUAAAAAUCAAAGAUUUCAAAACGGAUCGUUUGUUCAUUCUGCUUGAAUCACGAUUGGACAUUCUUUAUAAAAAACCAAAAGAUGAAUGUGAAAUUUUGGAUAAAUUUCUUGGUAAACAAUUGGAAGGAUUGCAUUAUGAACCGAUUUUCGAUUAUUUUAAAGAAUAUGGUCAAUCAAUUAAUGCAUUUAUUGUGGCUACCGAUUCAUAUGUUACGGCCGAAAGUGGUACCGGUAUCGUACAUUGUGCUCCAUUUUUUGGUGAAGAUGAUCAUCGUGUAGCAAUGAAAAUCGGUAUCAUUACUAAAGGUGGCCGUAUAAUCUGUCCAUUAGAUUCAAGCUGUCGUUUUGUUCAACCAGUUACAGAUUUUGUUGGCAUGUAUGUCAAAGAUGCUGACAAAGAAAUAAUUAAAAAUCUUCGAUCAAGAAAUCGUCUUAUUCGUGAUAGUACAGUAAAACAUUCAUAUCCAUUUUGUUGGCGUUCAGAUACCCCAUUGAUUUAUCGUGCUGUACCAUCUUGGUUUGUUCGUGUGGAAGAAUUUUCACAAAAAUUGGUCGAAACAAAUAAACAAACAUAUUGGGUACCGGAUUUUAUCAAAGAAAAACGUUUCGGUAAUUGGUUACGUGAUGCACGUGAUUGGGCUAUAUCAAGAAAUCGAUAUUGGGGUACACCGAUUCCAUUAUGGGUAAGCGAUGAUUUGGAAGAAGUUGUUUGCAUUGGAUCUAUUCAAGAAUUAGAACAAUUAAGCGGAAUUCGAGUGAAUGAUUUGCAUCGUGAAAAUGUCGAUCCGAUUACAAUACCAUCGAAACGACCUGGCCAUCCACCAUUGAAACGUGUUUCGGAAGUUUUUGAUUGCUGGUUUGAAUCCGGUUCGAUGCCAUACGCACAAUCACAUUAUCCAUUCGAAAAUAAGAAAAUGUUUGAGGAAAAUUUUCCGGCCAAUUUUAUUGCCGAAGGUGUCGAUCAAACUAGAGGCUGGUUCUAUACAUUGUUAGUCAUUUCAACACUGCUUUUUGGUAAACCACCGUUUAAAAAUCUAAUUGCAAAUGGAUUGAUUUUGGCUUCAGAUGGCCAAAAAAUGAGUAAACGAAAGAAAAAUUAUCCGGAUCCAAUGGAAAUUGUAAAAAAAUAUGGUGCCGAUGCUCUUCGAUUAUAUUUGAUAAAUUCUCCGGCUGUUCGUGCCGAAAGUCUUCGUUUCCGUGAAGAAGGUGUUCGUGAUCUUCUCAAAGAUGCCUUCAUUCCAUGGUUUAAUGCAUAUCGAUUUCUCGUACAAAAUAUUGAAAUCUAUGAACAAAAUAAUCCAGGGCAACAAUUUUAUUUUGAUACACGAUCGAUGAUUCGUUCGGAUAAUAUUAUGGAUCGAUGGAUUUUAUCAUUUACACAAAGUUUAUUUAAAUUUGUCAAAAUUGAAAUGAAAGCUUAUCGGCUAUAUACUGUUGUACCAAGAUUAGUACGUUUUGUUGAUGACUUAACUAAUUGGUAUGUUCGAAUGAAUCGUAAACGAUUGAAAGGUGAAUUUGGUGAACAAGAUACACGUCGUGCAUUGGAUACAUUGUUUUCAGUUUUAUUAACGAUGAUCGAAAUGAUGGCAUCGUUUACACCUUUCAUCACUGAAUAUAUGUAUCAAAAUUUACGUAAAGUUAUUAUCGAUGAUGAUCAAAAAUCCGAUUCGAAUCAAUUUCAAACAACUCGAAUUGAAUCUAUUCAUUAUAUGUUACAUUCAUCGGUUCGUGAAGAAUUGAUCGAUAUUAAUGUUGAACGGCAAGUAUCUUAUAUGCAAACUGUGAUCGAUUUAGGACGUAUACUUCGUGAUCGUCGUAAUAUGCCGUUAAAAUAUCCAUUACCUGAAGUGGUAAUCAUUACUAAUUCAUCGGAAACAAUCGAAGAUAUUGAUUCACUUCGUUCAUUUAUAUUGGAUGAACUUAAUGUUCGUGAUCUUAAACUUAGUAUGAACAAAGAAGAAUAUGGUGUUCAUUUACGUGCUGAACCGGAUACAAAAGCAUUAGGUCUUCGAUUACGUAAUGAAUCGAAAAAAGUUAUCCAGGCUAUACGUAAUAUGAGUCAAGAACGAUUGAUUCAAUUUGAAACCAAUCCAAACGAUUUCGAAGUUGAAGGUUAUCGUUUAGAACCGGGGGAUAUGAAACUAACUUAUACAUUAGCCGAAACAGGUUUGGAUAGAAAUUUAGCCGAUAAAUAUGAAGCUGAUUGUCAGAAUGGUAUACUUGUAUUGUUGAAUGUUUGUGCCGAUUCAGCAAUGAAAGAUGAAGGUACUGCACGAGAAAUUAUCAACAGAGUUCAAAAACUACGCAAAGAAGCAAAAUUAGUACCAUCAGAUCCGAUUCGUGUUUAUUAUCGAAAUUAUCCUGCAACAACAACAACAACAGGCAACACUGUUGAAUUGGAUCGUAUUUGUAAAGAAUUUCGUGAUUACAUUGAAAAUGCAUUGAAGGCAGAAUUUAUUGAAUUGCAAACAGAAAAAAUCAAUUUUCUUAUUCAAUCAACCAAUGAUAUUAAAGGUGAAAAAAUUGAUCUAUUUAUUGAAUCAUUAUCGAAUGUUGGUGAGAAUCAAAAUACUGCAUCAUCAUUUCGAAAUGUUCGAUUGAAAACCAAUAAUGGAAACAUUAUUCAACGAACCAUAUUGUUGGAAAAUCCUUCGGGUGAACCAUUAACUGAUUUAUCAUCAUCAUAUGGUUGGACAAUCGAUUCUGAACAAAAUAAACCGAAUGAUAAAUAUCUUAAAAUUCAAGCUAAAUCCGGUAAUGGUAAAACAAUGAAUUCAAUGAUAAUUUUACAAACUUAUUCGUUGAAAGAACCACAUGAAAUGGUAUCAAUCAGGGAUUGGAAUCAACUGAAAGAAAUGGUGGCCAUUUCAUUAAAUUUGCAUUCAUCAGAUGUAAAAACUAUUUAUUCGGAUUCAUCUUUUAAAAAUGAAAUGAAAUGUAAAGAUUUAAAUGGUGAACAAUUGAUUUCAAUGCUUGACGGACAAACUGCUUAUAUUAACAUCUGAAAACAAAUAAUUAAAAAAAUUUUCAUUUUAUUAAAUAAAUUUUUUUUUCUUUUGAUGGGAAGAAAUUUAAAUAA